AUGGAACGGCUUCAAUCCUGGCCAUUGCUCCUACUGGCCGUGCUUUUGCUUCUCCUCCGUGUCUGGCACGUACUGGUUCCGUUGCGCCUCAAAGUCCCUCUCUCAAGUUAUUCGCGACGGAGCGUCCAUUACAACGCGUCGACACGCAAGAACCCGAUACAAAAGGUCCGUGUGAUGGCAGUCCUGGGCUCAGGAGGCCAUACGACGGAGCUCUUGACACUCAUGAAGAGACUGGAUCGCGACGUGUAUACGUAUAUCUCGUUUGUACUGACCGAGACGGACAAGACGAGUAAAAAACGGACACAAUUGGAUUAUGACGUUCGAGAGGCAACGGACUCGUUCGAUAGUAUUCCACGGAGUCGAGAGGUGGGACAGUCGUGGUCGUCUUCUGUGUGGACAACUCUCCUGGCCUUGUACUCGUGUCUGCGAUUGGUUUACAACCGCCGUCCACAACUCGUGCUCUGUAACGGACCUGGGACGUGUAUCCCCAUAUGUGCCGCUGUGCUGCUGUUCCGAGUCCUCGGCGUUGAAACCGACUCCAAGAUCAUCUUUUGCGAGAGCUUUGCUCGUGUCCAGCACUUGUCACUCACAGGCAAGCUCUUGUACUACGUAGCCGACGAGUUCGUCGUGCAGUGGCCACAGUUGCAGACAAAGUACCCACGGACCAAGCACCUGGGCGUCAUUUGCUAG